AUGAUGGUGAGUUCAAAUUUAAAAAUUGCCAUUGUUCAUGCUCGUUGGAAUGCACAUAUCAUUAAAGCUUUAGUUGAUGGUGCUAUUAAAAGAUUAACUGAAUUGGGUGUUAAAGAAGAAAAUAUCUUUGUUGAAACUGUUCCAGGUUCAUUUGAAUUACCAUUUGGUACUAAAAAGAUCAUUUCUAAAUUAGCUAAACAAGGCAUUCAAUUAGAUGCAGUUAUUCCAAUUGGUACUUUAAUUAAAGGUUCCACUAUGCAUUUUGAAUAUAUUUGUGAUUCAACUACUCAAGGUAUAAUGAGAUUAAAUGAACAAUUAGAUAUUCCAAUUAUUUUUGGUGUCUUAACUUGUUUAACUGAUUUACAAGCUGAACAAAGAGCUGGUUUACAACCAGGUUUACAUAACCAUGGUGAAGAUUGGGGUGCUGCUGCUGUUGAAAUGGCUGUUAAAUUUGGUAGACAAUAUUAA